AUGGCGCCCAUCACAUCCCCAUCCGGCCGUGGUCCCCUCGAAACAACCGGCCGCAAUCUAAUGAAUCCUCACCACGACGGCAUCAUCCAGAUGGGCUUCUGGGUCCCUAAUCGCGCAUAUGCAACCGUAAUGCACGUCUACCCUCUCCGCGCCGAGAUCUCCUCCCGCCGGGACGGCAACACGCCACUGACUCUUCACCCCACCGUCCAAGCCUUCAAGACCUGGGUUGAAGCAAAUAGCGUCUACCGCAUGUGGAUCAACUCCAUGAUCGCGCAGGCCAACGACUACGUCCUGACCUGUGGUAUCCAAAACGACAUAGGGAUCCUGAAAGACGGAGAUGGGCUUUGGAUCCCAGGAUUCGACUGGUUCUUCGAGGCGUUGAGCCUGAUUAUCCAGACGUCGCCGUCGUUCAACACGACGGUCCAAGUCGGCACGCCGAUGAAUGCGUUUCUGGCCGUCGGAAUGGGGACGCCCGCCGGCGCCGCACUAUUCCACGACGCAGCGUUCAAUGCGCAGUUCAAGAAGGUGCUUGAUGCGUGGAACACCUUUCUCAAGAGCGAGGCUUCGCUCGACAAACUCGACAUCGCCGACCCGGAGAAACGCGGGUCCUGGAUCUCGAAGAAAGCGUUCGACGCAGGUGUCUGGAACGAAAUGCAGUACGACGCCAGCAAGCCGGGCUACGGCUUCGACUCGUGGAAUUCCUUCUUCAUCCGGCCUUUCGUGCAGGAUGCGCGCCCGUUCCAAGGCGACGCGACACAAGUCGUUAAUCUGGGCUGCGAGUCGACACCCUGGUCCUACGUGGAUAAUGUCAGCGCCGCGGACUCACAAUUUUGGGUCAAGGACGUGGAGUACUCGCUCCCCGAUCUGUUCGGUGGGCGGAAAGACAUCGCGGGUCUCUUUGAGGGUGGACAGGUAUACCAGGGCUUCCUAUCCGCCACGCAUUACCAUCGGUGGAACGCGCCGGUGGAGGGAAAAUUGAUCGAGACGUGGGUGCAGCCUGGGACGUACUUCGCGCAAAGACCGUCACAGGGCGAGGAUACGGGGACCUGGGAGGGUACGGAGAGUCAGCCGUACCUCGGGCACGUAGCUACGCGGGCUAUUUUCUUGUUUGAGCAUGCCACCAUCGGCUUCGUCGCUAUGGUUUGUAUAGGUAUGGUUGAGGUGUCGACAUGUAAGAUUGCGGAGGAGUAUAAUACUGAGGGGAAAAUUUCGCCGAUGAAGAUUGAGAGGGCAGCUGAGAUUGGACACUUUGAGUUUGGGGGGUCGACGCAUGUUAUGGUUUUCCAGCGGGGCAAGGUGAAGCUGGCGGAUUGGGCGGUGAAUGCGAAGAUGCACCAGUCUGAUCCGAAGCCGAUUCCGAUGGGGAGUGUUAUUGCGACGGCGAUAACAGCUCCAUAA